CAGAGGGGUCUGAUUGGUCCGUGCGGACUCUCUGGACGCCACCUGGGUGCUUCAGGAGAACCACAUCCGUUUGCACCAUUAAGAGGUUUUGCGCUCCUUUGGGUCCGCAGACAACAUCCGCAGCCUCCGACAUCACUGGACACUGCUCCUCUACUUUUUUUCCUUUUCCUGUUUUCCUGUUUUUCUUUUUUUCUUUUCAUGCACGCAUCAUUCAUCAGUCAUGGCGGACUUCUCCUGGACGGACAUCAAUAACGUUUUUUAAGAGUUUGCAUCGAAACCAGCGCAUCCUGUGCGGAGACUUUGACUCCGCGGACCUUUCCUUAAAUGCCUUUCAUUGAGAAAAGGCUUCGGACGUUCAGUGCUGUGAAUGUUUACGAGCAGCAGAUCACCUGAUUAAAAAUGGGGAAUAAACAAACUAUAUUUACCGACGAGCAACUUGAUGCUUACCAGGACUGUACGUUUUUCACUCGCAAAGAAAUUCUACGGUUGCACGGCAGAUACCAUGAGUUGGCUCCACAUCUUGUACCAAUGGACUACACCAAUGAUCCUGAUUGUAAGCUGCCGUUAGCCUUGAUAGUCAACAUGCCAGAAUUAAAGGAAAACCCGUUUCGUAACAGGAUCGUGGAGUCUUUCUCAGAGGAUGGGAUGGGAAAUCUCAGCUUCAAUGAGUUUGUGGACAUGUUCUCAGUCCUCAGUGAAAUGGCUCCCAGAGAACUCAAGGCCAUUUACGCCUUUAAAAUAUACGAUUUCAAUGUGGAUAAUUACUUGUGCAAAGAGGACCUCGAAAAGACUCUUAACAGGCUGACGAAGGAGGAGCUGACUCCUGAGGAGGUCGAGCUGGUGUGUGAGAAAACCAUCGAGGAGGCAGACUUGGACGGUGACAACAAACUCUCUUUUGCUGACUUUGAAAAUAUGAUAUCCAGGGCUCCGGACUUUUUAAGUACCUUCCACAUACGAAUCUGAGGGCGCUGAACGGACGUUUUCGAAGGUCUUGCUGAACCUGAGGACUCCAGCUGAACCGUGUUGCCUGUCUCUCAUCGUCGUUGUCAAAAAAGGCAUACAUCAAUCCUCUGCGGCCUCUUCUCCAGCUGUCCUUAUCUCAGUGAAGACUGCUAAGUUAGGGAACAAAAUACUGGAUAAAGCUCAAUUCCUGUAGAUUCAAAUAUGUUCCUUUUACUACCUAUGAAAGGGCUUGACCUGAAUUGGAAAAAAGGCUAUUCUUUCUACAUUUUAAGGUUUAAAUAUGAUGUCCAAAAUGAGCCAGACUCUGGAUUUGUGCCUGUUGUGCACAUUGAAGAAUGCAUAAAACUGCUCAUCUGUCUAUAUUGCACAUAAGGUGAAGUCUUUGUACAGCGACACACUAAAUAGUCAGUAUUUAUAAUUUUUAUGUAUAUUUAUAAGACUAUGGAGAAAGCUUGACGUGAAUGAAAACACAGCACUGACAUUAAGGGCAUACAGAUAUUCUUUUAAGAGCUAUGCAGUAUUUGUAGGUGCAGUGUUUAGGUGGUGGAACUGGAACAUGAUGACAAUCAUAUCUUACUGUUCUCCGGUUAGAUUGAAGGGCUUUGUCAUCCGGACUAAAUAUUGGUAGCUUUCAUCUUCUGCCUCAGCCAUUAUCAUGAGAUGUUAGUUACAGCCAUCUUUUGGAUAUGUAUUUUAUAGUAUUUCAUGUGAAUUUGUCUUUCUUUGAAUAAAUGUUUUUCUUUCCCCCG